CCCUGUACUGGUCCUGACCACAACCCCUUAUUGGACCUUCUCCUUUCCUGGACCUUAUGUGAGCUUGUCAGUGUUGUUGGUUUAUUUUGCUGUACGUCCUCUCGUCCUCGAGUUUGGGACAGUUGGGACAAAGCUUAAUGAACUCUAGAUAUGUCUUAUAUACAAUGCUGUGUCUAUGAUGUACUGCUCAUGUUAUUUAUAAUCUUUAAUACUUCAGCUUUUUUAACUUGCAGUGCACAGAUUUUUAAAAACAUGACGUUCAACUUGUGCAUCUUUGUGUAAACCUCAAAUGCUGAUGUAAACAUUUUGGUGCCUGAGACUCAGAUGAUGGGGACGUUUUUUGCUUUGGAUCAUUAUUAUAGUUGCUUUUCAGAGCCUAAACCCUUUUCAAGGCUCCUUACAUUAAAAAUUCAAAGGACUUACUGACGUGGGAAAAAUGUUGUUCCACUACACACACAACUUGCAAUAAAGAAAAGGCCUUGUCUGAUGCUGAGGGGCCAACAAACCCAGACUCAGGGGAGCAGACGUUGUCAUUAUUUGACAGAAACUCGGAGGGAGGCUGCUUCGUCUCUGCCAUAGAAGCCAAAACGGGACAGUGCUGAGAGGAAGGAGAGCGAACGCUUCACUGUACACCGGCCCACAGAGGACGUGACUGUAUAAACCUCUGGACUAUGGAGUUCUUCAACUCCGCUCUUGGGAGGAACAUCACGUUUGUGCAUCCUGCGUAUUUCAUAAUAGGUGGUUUGUCUGGAAUCCCGAACAUUAAACAUUACUACGUGUUUCUGUUCUUUGUUUACGUCAUCUCUGUGCUGGGAAACACGGCUGUGAUGGCCGUCAUAUGUCUGGACAGUAACCUGAGGACCCCAAAGUACGUGGCCGUCUUCAACCUGGCCUUCGUGGACCUGUUUGGCAGCUCCGCUUUGGUGCCUAAAGUCAUCGACGUGUUCCUGUUCAACCACCCCUACAUCUCCUACAGCGACUGCCUGACCUUCCUCUUCAUCUGCUACACCUGCCUCUGCAUGCAGUCCUUCAACCUGGUGGCUCUGUCCUACGACAGGCUGGUGGCCGUCACCUUCCCUCUGCACUAUUCAGUGAAGAUCACCCACCGCUUCAUGUUUUCUAUGAUCGCCUCUUUCUGGGUCUUGGCUAUUGUAGCUCUCCUGAUCGCAGUCGGCCUCAUUACUAGACUGUCCUUCUGUGACUCUGUGCUCAUUAACAGCUACUUCUGUGACCAUGGUCAGAUCUAUCGACUGGCCUGCAAUGACAACUUUCCCAGUUAUGUUCUGAGCUGUUUGUACCCGGUUCUAAUGUUCUGGCUUCCACUAGUUUUCAUCCUGUUGAGUUACUUAUAUAUUUGCUGCACAUUGGUUAAAGUGGCCACGCCUCAACAGGGACUCAGGGCCUUUAAAACCUGCAUAGGUCAUCUGUCAUUAGUGGCCAUUUAUUUCAUCCCCUUGUUGAUCACGUUCACUUUAAUGGAGAAUAUUCAUCCCAACGCCAGGAUCAUAAACCUGUCUCUGACCUCCGUCGUUCCUCCGAUGCUCAACCCCAUCAUUUAUGUCCUGCAGACACAGGAAAUUAAAGAAUCUCUAAAAAGGUUAUUAAAAAUCAGAUUGAAACCUAAAAUAGCAGCCAAGAAGCCGACCUUAAAGUGACUUAAUGUGAUGUGUCUUAUAAUGUAUUUUAGCUUCUACAGUAAUAUACGCUCAGUUUGCUACAAUGGUCUGUAGAAAUAGAAAGUUGUAGAUUCAAGCAUCAUUUACAGUACAAAUAUUUGUAAAAGAAGUUAUGUAACUAAAAUGCACAUUAAUUAUGAUGUAGCUAUCAAACAUAUUUACACAAUUGUUCCAAAUAAAACUAAGGUUUUGUUUUUGUGUGUUUUAAAUACUGACCUAACAGAAAGCUUUAGAUAACGUAUCUUUAAAGAUGCAUCCAUUACUUUAGUUGUGGGAAGUCAUUUUAUAAAGUAAUCUGUACAAUAGAAAGACAAAAAUAAAUAAUAUUCACCAGUUGCUGUCUUUCAUGUAAUUAGUUGUGUCCUUGUUAAAGAUGUUAUACAUUUAUGAUUCUUCUUUUACAUGAGUUUGUACCAACUUUCCAGUUUGCCAGUUCA